UCAAAUGGUUACAGUGUACGUCGAUUUCGUACGACAUUUACUUUUCGUUCCGUUCGAAUUUUUUUUUCCGGACCGUUUGCUACUGCCCCGAGCGCCCGUCGUUCGCGUCUCCGGCACACGUCCACUCAACGUCCGCGACCGCACCGGGUCGACGUAAUUAUUUCUCGUCGCAUUAAUUCUAUUUUAAUAUUGUUACCAUGUCAAAACCAACGCACUCGGUGGAUACAAUGUCCACUGUCAUUUGAUAUUAACCGCACGAGAUGGAUCAAAAAAAUCCACGACCAAGCUGUUGUAGCUCUUCUACGUUUCCCACACCGACGGCAGUCACCUGUCAAGUACAAACCACUCAAAUGGCGUCUACAAUCAUUUCGCCGCCGACCAAUAGCUAUGUGCUGACGUCCAGUAACCUGAGGCCCGUUACCAACUACACCCUCGUCGCCAGUUCACAAGUACCCGUCACCCAUCAGUAUGUAGUCCAGUCAACCGCUCGAACAACUAUACCCCAGUACGUGAGCACGGGCAACGUCAAGCAUAUAAUGUCGCCAAGCACACAACAAUCAAAUGUCACUUAUAUGUUGCCAUCCGGUGCUCAUAUUGUCAGGAUGAACAAUGUCGUAACAACCACAGUAGCCGGAGAACAAAAAUCUAAUACACAAUAUAUUUUAACAUCUAGUACACAAAAAACAAAUUCUAGUAUAUCGCCAUUAGGAACACAAUCUUCAAUAUCUAAUGUUUCAACUGACACAGAAAACAAUUCUGGGUCAAGUGUUACGGUGUCUAGAACAGUUGGUGUAACAACGUGUGCAUCUCCAAUAUUUCAAAGGACUGGAAUAAAUUUUCCUAGAUUAAAUGCAACAUACUACAGUCAAAUAAAAGGAAAUGACACUACAAAAAUUUCUUUUAAACCUAAGCUGAAUGAACAAAAACCUGGUACAAGUUAUAUACUAACAUCAAAUGAUUGGUCUCGCACUAAAAAUGUCCCCAUAUCAAGUUUACAAAAAAUUAAUACAAAUUAUAUGCAAAUACCAUUGAUUCAAAAACCUGGCGGGACUGUGUUGUCUACUAAUACUUUAAGAUCUAACGUUGAUAUUCAACAACAAAAAUCUCAACAUCAAUCAAUUCGUUCAGUCAUUUUGCCAUCAAAUUAUCGAACGGCUGUGUCUCCACAGCAAGGCACUGAUUGUAAAUUAGUUCUAAACUCAAUUAAUGUUACAACCCAAGGAAUCAAUUCAACUGAUAGUAAACCUAGCUCAUCAAGUACUCCAGUUGUUUCUAAUAUUCAACAGCUUAAUACAAAUUAUAUGCAAAUUCCUAUAUCUCAAAAAUCUGGAACUAUACUUACUCGAAAUAAUACACAACCAAAUAUAGAGAAUAAUAUACGUAUUGGACAACAUCAAACUAUUCGAUCAGUUAUUUUACCAUCAAAUUAUCGAGCAGCUAUGGUAUCAUCUCCACGAAGAGGUGUUGAUUAUAGAUUAAUAUUAAAACCUGUAAAUAUUCAAUCACAAGUAAUAAGAAAUUUACCGCCCCCUCGAAUUCCAAGCCCACGAAAUAGUUCAAUAAGAAAUACUUCCCCUCGACAAACUUUACAACGACAAACAUCACCACGUCAAAAUUCCCCUCGUCAAAGUUCUCCUCGACAAAGUUCACCAAGACAAUCUUUACCUCGACAAACACCACUUCCUGUACGUUCAAAUUCAUUUCCAACCCGUGUUCCUUUACCCCGUCCAUCUAUUUCAAUUCAUAAUGAAGUAAUUGCCAAUUCAAAAAUUACUCCAAUUCCACUUAGAAAAAGAAUUAAACAUUUAGUUAUUACAGAAAGAUCUGUAAAAAUUUGUAUGGAUGAAGUUAAUAGUAAAAAUAAUAAAGAUAGUCCAAGUUCAAACUUAACUGAUGAAGCAAUCAAAAUUGUACAAGCUGAAGUUACUUAUAGAUUAUUUUAUUUGUUAAGGGAAUGUAAAAAGUUUCUAAUUCGAAGUCGUUCAAAUGUUUUAACUGAAGAAGCUGUAAGACAAGUAUGUGCUGAAUAUUUUGGAACAUUUUUUGGUAACAAAUUGUGGCCACUAUUCUGUUUAAAAUGGACUGAUGAUGGUUUAUAUUCUGAAAAUGAAGAAAAUAGAGUUUGGAUGAGAAAACAUAAUAAUGUUAAUCUUAUUGGAUGGCUAAAACAUCCUAAGUUUCGUAAUCCAAGUUAUAUACAAAAACGUCGUUUUAUGAAUUUAAUAAACACAAAUCCUCUAUUACCUAAUUUAGAAAAUAUUUCUGAAGUAGUGUAUGAACAUGAGUUACAUAAUCAAAAAAAUCAAGAACCGGUAAAAUUUCGAAAACCACCAACUCGGAGAUUUUACCAAUCUUUAAAUAGUGAUCAAGUAACAUUAAAUAAAAUAGUUGCAAAAAAAAAUGAUGAUGUAUUUACCCCAACAUCACAUAAGUUUAUGGAUAUUCCUCUAGAAAAUCAAUUGCUUUCUACAACUAAACAAAUAUCAUCAACAAUAUUUCAGUCACAACGAACACAAUGUAACCCAGAAUAAAAUUGUAUAUCAAAAGGUCUAUAAUUACUAUACGUAUACAAAAUUACUUAUUAUAAUUUUAGACUCUGAUUUAUGAUGAAUAAGAUUAGAUAUCUGUCUUUAGUCAUUACUAUUGUAUUUUAUGUUUAAAAAAUGUAUACAAUUAGAAUGUAUCAAUGAAAACAUAAUUAAUUAUUGCAU